GUUUCCUUUAUGGGAUCUAAGGACAAAGGUAUCGUUUAUUGCAAUCUUUCAGUAUGGACGACCACUGGAAUGCUUCGGUGGCCUCAGUGCCUUCCGCUUGCGUGAUUCAUUAAGGUUUAGUAAGAGAUGUUUUCUUUCCUGUUCGUGAGGCCAAUACCAGAGGAAAUUGUAAUAGGACUUAGUAUUCAACACAAGUUUCAGCGUAAUGCUGUUCAAUUUACAAGGAAUUAAGCAAAAGGUUUGUUGAGUAUAGUUCAAAUGCUUAUACUGGAAGUUCUAUCUAAAAUUAUAAGUUUAGAACAGACAACUGCACUGGUAUCGCUCUGAUUUCAAAAGAGACUCAAUAUUUGUGCUGUUUUGUAUUUUGAAAUGCCGCGAAUUGUUUUUGGAAACAAAGAUACAGACACCAAACCGCUCCUUAUACUUUCUUAUCUCAAGAACGUCGACUCUGAGCACGACGAUAUUGGCUGUAUCGAGAAAAAAUUGCGCGUGAUCGAACAAUUUGAAUUUAAGUGAGGGGUCAACUAAGGUUACAACUGAGCUUUGAAGCGAAAAUUUUAAGACCACAAAGUUAAGGAAAUAUUUUCAAUUAACCUGUUGCCACCGCAACAAGCUACAUUUCAUAACUAUUUGACUUAAAUUUCGUCACAGAAUUUCCGCGCUAGCUGACAAAACUCAAGAUAGGUGGUUUUGUGUGACUAAAGCCAGGCCAUUUAGGGGUAAUUAAUCACGCACACUGAGUUUGAGGGCAUUGUUUAAAAUUACGUGCCUUCUGCUGAAUGACGUCAAAGAGAUAUUAUUAAAGUUCUUCGCGCUCAGAACGUAUAUAAAGGAACCUUCAGCUCUUCAAGUUCACAAUCGAUGCAUCCAUAGAUUGGAAAAACAGUAAGGUACGCUUGGAUUAAAGUAAAAAAGUGAGGUAAGGUAACGAAAUAUGCUAACUUGUUUGCUAUUUAGUGUAAAGUUUAAUUUUAAACGAAUUGAGUCGUCUUUGUCCGGGGAUGAAAUUUUGAUAUCUAUUUAUGAGCCCAACCUUUUAGCGUAAAGUUAUGUCGGAAUAUUGAAACAAUAGUAAAACUAUUGAUCAAGUCUUCGUAACGAUUGCAAUGAGAAUUUUAUACAAAGGUAGUAACGAAAGGCGAAGUCAGUAACGUAAGAAAUGGUUUUGAAAGAAGCCUCCAGGAAGGUGUUAAUUGGGUACGUAGAUUUGAUAAGUUUGAAGACUGUUAUCUUUGAGCAGUAUCUUUAAGACAGAAUUUCAUGGUUGUUAGGCUGCUGAUGUAAACAGUUAAAGUCAGGGACGUGGAAGUUUUCAAACUGGCGAUUGAUGAGUCAUAUCCGCUUUGCUCCACCUAACAGUGUGAGCGUUACGCGUGGGCGGAUUUUCCACGCGAAAAACGAACAAGUUUACGUGAUCCACGCGAGAUUUUCUUUUCUGUAUUGUUUUCUGCGAUGGAAACGUAUAAAUUUUUGUAGACUCAAACUAUAAAGUGCUCAUUGGAACAUUUUUUGACUUUCAGCGUAAAAAAAUGAUUCUCAAGAAUGAAAUACAGGGUAAUAAAGUGCAAGAAACUGCAGCGUUAGUUCAAAGUUUGCAGGUAAAUUGAUUUGAUUAUGUACAACGUGUCAUGGGAAAUGUCAUGGGAAAUGAUGUCAGUGGAUUACAAUUACAAUUACUUUUUUCAAAGGUUACUUAUGGUUUUGUUCUUGACUUGUUUUGUUUUUUGUAUUUUUUUUUGUGAUCGUAUUUUUAGAGUAGAUUCCGUGACUGGUAUUGUUAUGCAAGACUACUGCGUAAAUUCACCUUUGAAAACAAAAUGCAUUGAUUUUUGCCCACUUUAAAAUAGGGUCUUGUGUGCAUUGUAAUUACUGAAGAAUGUGCCCACCAAGAAAAAAGAGUGCAGAUCGUUUGAACUCUUAACCUACUUAGAAUUGGAGAAAUGAAGACAGGUUAUUUUUCAAAGCAACAGACUCACUAAAUUUUCAUUCAUUUCACUAGGCCUCUCCAAGAUCAUGUAUAGCAGUGAAAAUCGAUGUUUUAAGAGCCAGAAACGUAACUCAAGGAUGGUACGACUGGAGUGAGUAUAACUUUACUCAUUAAAACACAGCUCUACAGCAAAAAUAUCACGAAAGACAGACAAAAAACUAAACUAAAAACAAAAAAAGGAGUGUUAACAAAAUAAUUAUUGGUCUUCUUUGUAAGUUCUCUUUUUUGAGAUAUUUUUAUCAAGUUUAUGCAAACGGCAAUCGGCACUGGGCUUAUGAGCCUGUGCAAACCAAAGUGUACUUGUUACCUCGCUGGUUAUACCUGCUAAAUUUUUUUCGUUUUAUUUACUUAUCGCUCUUUUUUUGCUUUGCAUUACAGUCGAUACACCAGAUCCGUAUUUGAUGAUGAGAAUCCCUUCGUCAGCUGAAAUUGUCAAAAGAACAAAAUGCGUUUCAAACAACAAGAACCCUGAGUGGAAAGAGGAACCAUUUGUCUUUCAUAUUGAUCCUGAAGAAAACAAUGUUCUAGGUUUGUGAAUAGAAUAAAUAGAUAGAUAAAUAGAUAAAUAGAUAAAUAUAAGUAUUUAACUAGACAAUCAAAAGAAAAUUAUUGUCAAUGGCUCUUCUUGUAUUCGGUUGCAAAAGUGUCAUCACUUUUCUUGGCCCAAUUACUCCUUCACCGACAGGUUUCUGAUUCCAACUCGAUCUUAAUCUAAACUGCUCUGUAGCAUUCUAUUUUUUUUUUCUUCAUUUCAGAGCUUACCUUAUGGGAUGAAGAUUACAAUGCUGAUGAUCAAAUAGGUAGUGCAGUCUGCUUGCCGCUUAAUAGUUUACAGCUGGGAAAACCGGAGCAAAGAACUCUAAAAUUUGGAGAGGUAAGAAUUUGUUUAAACUGAAUCUAUUUCCCCAUGGAGAAUUUGUAGCAGACUCUGUUCUAAUGUAAAAGUUACCUUCUUAAUCGACAUUUGAAGACACGUCAAGAGCUUUGAACGUUUUCUUCAUCAAAUAAUAUUUCCGCAUAUUUUCGUCUUUGUAGUAUUCUGAAGUCGACAUUAUCCUGGAGGCAUCCACAGUGUAAGUAUUGAAAAUCUAUAGUUACAAGUCAGAAUUUAUUUUGUAGAUCUGCCGCGUCUCAUUUGAUCAGUCACACACUUACCUUUUUCUUAUAAAAACCCUUUCCUAAUAAUUUCGUUUCAGAUCUGGAGAGUAUGCCGAUCUUCGUUACAGUUCAGAACUUUGCGAUGAAGAGAAAGAAUUCAGAGAAAAGAGAAAAGCUAUCGUAUUUGAGGCCAUGAAAAGAUUGUUGGGAGAACAAGGGCCACAAAACAUGGAUGAGGUAGGAGAAAAACUGAGUUAUUAGCAAUCAUUUUUUAUGUAUAAAGAAAAUUAGUAGCCAUAUUACCGGGUGUGCGUGAAAAUGGGAGAAUAAUAUGACUUCAACAGGACAUAUAAUUAUCAUUUUGCCUGAUGAUAUUUCCCCAUCCAACCGGAAGUAGCUGUACACAUCCAAAUUAAAAGAGACGUUAUAGGACAGUAUUGCAGUCUAUAAGUAGAAAUCGUUCUUCAUUACCUUUGCUAAUUCACUAGAAAUGUCACCAUAUUUUGGCAAAAAUUAGGAAACUGUAGAGGGUUUCCUUGUUCUGAUCAUCUCAAUUCCUUACCAGGUUCCUACAAUAGCCGUCCUUGGCUCAGGGGGUGGUUUCCGAGCCACGACAGGCUUCAGCGCGGCUUGUCGCGCCCUUGAUGAAAUGGAUCUUUUAGAUUCCAUCACUUAUUUAACCGGUUUAUCCGGUUCAGCUUGGUAAGUAAGCGAGUUUUUCCAUUCAAAUCAUAAGGAAUAUUUGAAAGGUCUGAUUAAAAUUUUUUUCCCCGAAUUUUCAGGGGUUUAUCGUUGUUAUACUCUCAAACAGCGGGAGAGAAAAUUGACUCCAUGGAGACCCAGAAGAAUGUCAGAGAACAACUACAGUGGGGACCCAUGUGGUUACUUACUCCCCGGAGGGUGAUGCAAUAUGUAGGAGAUAUCACCGAAAAAUGGAAGAAAGGACAGCCUGUUAGUCUCACAGACUUUUAUGGCCAUUGUGUCGGAGAAAGCCUUUUAGGACCUGUAAGUUCAAAUUGAGCAACGGUUACUUAAUUGAUUGUGUGUUGUGUUUGAGCAGUUCUUCUUGAAGGGUAGAUGAUCUACUCGAUGGGUUUGAAAAGCAAACGGGAACCCGAAAAAAGAAACAAAUUUUAUCACGUUAAGAGCUACGAUUAACUUUAACAUUAAGAGCUAUGAUUAACUUUUUGGAAAGCGUUUGUCGAAGUUAAAUUGUCUUAAAUGGCACUUCUACUUGUUAUUUCCAUUGAUGAUAUGGUAACCUUCACUUCCUUGCUAUUUUAAGAUGCGUCUUUAUCUGUGAUAUUCAAGUAAAUAUAUUUGUUUAAUUGUUCCACAGAAAAAGAACUCUGUAAAACUAAGUGAUCAACAAGAGAAGGUUGUAAAUGGAGCAGUUCCCAUGCCAAUAUAUACUGCUCUUAACUCGAAAAGAGAUGUAUCAGCACAGUCAUAUGCAGGUGUGAUAUUUUACCAUGCAAUAAGACAUUUAUCAACCUCGGAUGUACUCUAGAUUUUUUGUUUAUAAGUUUUUGUUUCUUUUUUCUUAGAAUGGGUGGAGUUUACCCCUUACGAGAUUGGAAUGGACAAGUAUGGCACCUUUAUGAAGACAGAACUUUUUGGAAGUAAAUUCUUUUGUGGGAAACUCAUCGAGAAGUUCCCUGAAUCUCCGCUUUAUUAUUUGCAAGGUAUGGCGGGUGGAGGAACACAUUCUCUGACAGUUUUUGGGUUAAAAGUUAACUCAGCAUUUCGUGAACCGGUCAUUGAUUGACAAUCAUGCCAAUCACAAAAGGCCACACCCUACGAAGACCUCACAUAGACAGCAUGUUACUGUGUUGUCCGCGGAAUGUAAAACACAAUGUGCGAGGCGUAAGUUCGGAGAGAAAUAAGUUAGAAGAUGGAAUGAAACAAGGAAAUGAAGCUUUAGGUGUAUUAAUUGAUUUCAACAUGCAGUGAUUUUAUUUAAAGUUGUUUAUUGUGUUUAGGAAUCUGGGGAAGUUUUUACGCAAUCCUGCUGCAGAGAGUUCUGAACCAAGAAAAGCAGAUAAAUACGGAACAAGAUAACGAGAAACAUCUAUUAGGUAAAUUAUGGAUGACUGACUUCACGGCCCUCAAAAGAAUACCACUUAACCGCCUCUUAUCCGGUUUUACGCUUUACCAUUGCGGUGGAUUGCACAAUGUGUUUUGUGAAUACUUAUCCUCUUGAUAACGAUUUAUCCAUUGCAUAGCGUUAUCCACCCUUUGAUAAGCUGAACCCAGGCAUGUAUAAGAUCAAGUAGCAUUUUUUAAGUCUUUUUUAGAGUAAGAAAAGGUUAGCUACAGGGAGUGAUAUCCGUACGGAGAGUAACACUUUGUUUGUUUUUGACAGAGCGACAGUUUCUUUCUGAAAAGAACAACAAAAACGAUGAUGAUGAUGACCAUAGUGAUGAUGAUGUCGAUAAAGGCGUCGGUGACGUUGGGGGGAAAAGAAACAAAAUUGAUGUUGGAAGUUCUCUGAUUGCCAAACUACAAAAAGACGUUGAAGCAGAUGAAGAACUCCACAAGUUGGAAGGCAAAGCGACAAAAAACCAGAAAAAGGAGAAGAAAGAGUUCCGUAGAAAAGUGAUAGAUUAUGUACUUGAGAAGUUACCAGGUCUCCAAACUCGGUCAAAAAGAGCAGGGCUGGUCCAUAACUUUCUUCGAGGCCUGGGGCUUAAUGGAACUAAAGGUAUUUAUCUGUACUGUAAAAAGCUUCAUCAUUAUUAUGGUUAAUCAAUUAAUUUAGGGUUGAUUAAUUAAAAUGAAAAGAAAAGUAGAACGCUGAGAAACGCAGAAACGCUCAUAUCAACCGCACUUUUAAUACAAUGAAAUGCAUACUACCCGUACUUCAGUUGUGCUUCAAACGAAAUGAGACACAUUUUGAUUUCUCAUAUGCGCAACUGUUGUCUGUAGAAAAGCUAUUGUUGUCUAUUUCUUGGAAGCUUGGUUUCAGUGCGCAUUUCCAAUGUUGAACUUGUAAUGUUCUAUGACCGCUUUGACCUGAUUAAAAAAACUUCAUUUUAGUCCUUAGUUUUGUUAAGUUUCUAAGAAAAGCCCAACACAAAUGCGUUUGUUUUUCCAGAGUACGCAGACGGAGCAGCAACACAGUGUCUCUUUGGAAAAGAUAACUUGAAGAGAAAACGAAUGGAACUCAUCGAUGCAGGACUGAUGUUUAAUUCACCCUACCCACCCCUUCUGAGGAAACAGAGGUCCGUUGAUCUUAUUCUGUCAUUUGAUUUCAGCGCCAGAGAGUCUGACGAGGAAAGGCCAUUUAAGGUAAAGAAAAAAAUGUCUCUCUUUGUACUUAAGGUGCGUGUGUCCAGUCAUAGAUAUUGGCCAUCUCCACUGGGAUCGUCAUAUUACCGAUUAAGAACUGCAUUCUCAGUGCAUACUGUUCGAACUUGCCUGUCAUUAGAAAAUCUGUUUUGAAUCGUAGUUGCAAACCUCUUAGCUUAGUUAAAAAUGUGUCCUGCUUCGUACUUGGCCAAAAGACGAAUAUCUUAUGCGUAAUGGCUUUUGUAGCUCUCUUGAAUUUCUACUAAAUUUAAGCAUUUCCUUCAUUUCCUCAGAAUAUCAAAUUAGCGGAAGACUGGGCUAAACGAAACGGGCUCCUUUUCCCGCCAAUUGACGCAGACGAACAGUUUGACAGAGACGGAUGGAAGGAAUGUUACGUGUUCAAAGAUCCUACAAACCCCGAGUGUCCAAUUAUACUUCACUUCGUCCUUGUAAACAAGACUUACAGAGACUUUGUGAGACCAGGUGAGAAACUCAAAUAAGUCGUUACUAGGUCACUUUUUUUCCCGUGCUGAAGGCAGUUUGCUUGAUUUUAUUUUGCGCCUUCAUCGGCUUCCUUUAAUGAUUUUCUCCGCCUUCUGAUUGGUCAUUGUGAUAACUUUGGUUUUGGUCUUACUACUCUCAAUAAAAAUGCGCUCUAGAAUUUGAUGAGUAGGGGUAAAUCUUCCUGAGAUACAGAAGGCUCCGGAAUUUCUUAGAAAAAAAAGGCCCUCAGUACAUCUCUACUUAUUUAACUUUAUUAGCGUAAUUACAACGAAGUGAUAUUUUUUAUUUUGAAGAAAAAACCCUCAAUAUCAUUUUAUUAUAAUCUCCUUUCAAAGGAGUCCCUCGAACUACUAAGGAGGAACAGAAAGCUGGUGAUUUUCCAAUAUUCAACGAUCCCAACAAACGGUUCAGUACCUUUAACUUAAAGUAUUCGCACGACAUCUUUGAUCGGCUCAGUGGCUUAGUUGAGUUUAACACGGCAAUCAACGAACAGCUUAUAAAGGAUGCCAUGGUGGAAUGUGUGCAGAGAAAACAAACACUCAUCCAGUGACCUACCGAAGUCUCAAUGGAUCCCAGAUGUCUUGAGUGCGGUGCAAAGUCCCGGAUACUCAUGACGAAUUGGAGAGGAAUGGGGAUUACAUACCAGAAUUUUUUCUGCAUAGAGUCUUUCGUUAUUUUUUACAUUUCGUUGUCUGCAAAGAGUGGUGACCCAUCGUGGAGAUUUUAACUAUGUGUACUUAAUGCAAUCAGAGAGAGGCACGAUCUGCGUUGCUUGCAGAUUUUACAUGGGAAAUAAGAUGUAAGGAAGAAAUUGAAAAUGUCUAGUAACAUUUACAGUUCUUUAGAAAAAAAAGAGAAACUAAGUUUUCAUACAUUUGAUUUUACAACGGAUAACUCACUCAAUUAACAUGCGUUCACUAGUUAAAGUUUGUAAUCAAGAAAUUU